AUGUGCCUCUUGACACUUGUGUUUUUUAAUGCCGAAAUAUUAUCUCUUCUUAUUCACCCCGCUUAUUUCAAGGAUGAAGCUUCAACAGAGGGCGAAACCACUCGCGAUGAGGUCGGUGAUCGGUGGUCGUUGUUGCGUGCCUCUUUGGAUGCGUCAUAUAGCCAGACCUCAACCUCCGCAUCACGUCGCAAACAAAACCUAGUAGCUCUGCGUUCCAGUACAGCAAUCGCUCGACACAAUUGCGACUCAGAUGCCCUCAAAGAACUGCAUGAUGUAGAUCGAAAGUCGUCCCUGGUUCAGCCACGGGAGAACGAAUUUCGACCCCUGUCUGAGCGCCAACCGUGCAGUACACAUCAGUCCUAUGUGAGCAUAUCAGGAGUACCUUCCUUGGCCUUUAUUUCAGUCAUUUACAAAUGCGCAAGUGUGCAGUGA